AUGCGAGCUGCGAGAGGAGAAAUGAGGAGGAAGGGGAGUCAGGGACCAAGGAGAAAGCGGCCGCGGCCACCCCGCGCCCCCCGCCGCCUGCCCCCGCGCCGUCGGCCCCCGGCCAGCCCGGCGCUAUCGCGCCCGGGAGAGGCGGCGGCCGCGGGGGACGGCGAGGGGCUGCCCGGCGCCGCGCGGGCUCUGCCUCCCCUUCAGCAGCAUCCGCGGGGCUCCCGCUCCCGCCGCGGACAGACCGCGGCCGCCGCCACCGCUCCCGAAGCCGCUCCGGGGCUGGAAGCGUCCCCUGGGCACGAACCCUCCCGGCUCCCGAGCCGGGCACCGCUAGAGCCGCGGCGGCCGGAGCGCCGCGGGCAGCAGCCCCGCGCCCAGCCCGCCCGCCCCGGGAGAAGCCGCUGCGAGGGGCGCGCACCCGCUGGAGCCGCCGCCGCCGCCUGCCGUUCCCGCUGCUGUUCCAGCUGCGGCCGCUGCACCCGCCGCUAA